AUGUCUUAUCUUGCACCAAUUCACCGGCCGAGCAGCGUGCGCCAUGCAAUCAAGCUGAAGCUCCUAGACCCUCACGAGGAGUGUUUGGUGCUUGCGAAAGCAAACAGAGUGGAAAUAUGGAAGCCCACACCAGAAGGCCUGGAAAUGCUACACUCAAAAGCUAUAUAUGGACGCGUCUCAAUGCUGGCGAAGCUCCGACCCUAUGGCGCAAAGACCGACCACCUCUUCAUAGGCACAGUUCGAUUUCAAUACUUCACUGUAGCCUGGAACCCCGACACGCAGCAGCUCGACACAGCUCAGUCAUUCGAGGACCUUACCGAGAAAUAUAUGCAGGAAUCGCACAGCGUGGACAGAUGUUUGGUUGAUCCCAAUGGGAAAUACCUGCUUAUGGAGCUUUUCCAGGGCGUCUUGAGUUUAGUGAAGGUCAUGAACAAGGCUCGGAGAGGGAUUUCAACUGGAGGAUACUUGGAAGGGCCAGUCCAAGCUCGGAUAACGGAACUCAAGGUGCGGGCGUCGACACUUCUAUUCACCGAGUCGAAUACACCGAAAUUGGCACUUUUGUUCGAAGAGGGCAAGGGCAAAUUGAAGCUUGUCACAUACAGACUGGUGGAUGAGAAGGGAGAUCUCGCAAAAUUCGAUCCCAAAAAGGAUCGGGAGAAUGAAAUCGAGGACUUGGAUAUGGGCGCAAGUCAUCUCAUUCCUGUACCGAAGGGGGAGUGCGAGCAACGGCGUUACAUAGUCAGAAACACGUCUAUGGCGAAAGCACAGCUAGGCGGGGUAAUCGUGGUUGGUGAGACUAAAAUGACAUAUCUGGAUGACGAAAGCAAGGCUGUCGUCCAGUAUGCCCUAGAAGAGGCGUCGAUAUUUGUGGCCUGGGAACCGUAUGAUGAUUUACGUUAUAUGCUGGCAGACGAUUAUGGCAUGCUGCAUCUCCUGACAAUUCUCGUCGACGGUGCUGUGGUCACAGGUAUUAAGGUCCGGAAACUAGGGGAAAUCUCCAGAGCGACAGUCAUGGUGCAUAUGGGGAAUGGCGUUGUGUUCAUUGGCUCUCAUACAGGAGAUUCACAGGUUAUUCGCCUAGAUCUGGAGGCAGGUGAUCAACCGAUUACAAUUCUUCAAACGUUGCCGAAUAUUGCUCCGAUUUUGGACUUUGCCGUCAUGGAUAUGGGGAGUCGAGAAGGGGAGACGCAGACCAACGACUAUUCCUCGGGACAAGCAAGACUAGUGACUUGUAGCGGGGCCCAUGAAGAAGGCAGCCUACGAAGUGUCAGAAGUGGUGUAGGCCUCGAAGACAUCGGGAUUCUGGCUGACCUGGAAGACGUGCGAAAUUUAUUUACUUUACGGUCAGAUGGAGACUCCACUGUAGAUGACACACUAGUGGUGUCAUUCCCAACUGAAACAAGAGUGUUCAAAUUUGACUCCCAGGGAGAGGUUGAAGAAAUCGAUACCUUCAGAGGCCUAUCCCUAGAUCAGCAUAUCCUCCUUGCUAUGAACCUUCCAAAUGGCUUAAUAUUACAAGUCACACCAACCUUAGUGUCGAUUCUGGGUCUGGGCCCUUCAUAUACAGUUGCACAAUGGCAACCUCCACAGGGGCAGAUCAUAACAGCCGCGUCGGCGAACGAUAGCCAUGUGCUCUUGUCAGCCAAUGGAACGACCUUGGUGUCUCUGGAUAUCCAACAACAGCUUCGGGAAGUGGCAGUACAAACCCUUGGUAACGGUGAUCAAGUUGCCUGCGUACAUGUACCAGCUGAUUCGCCAAAUAUUGGAGUUGUGGGCUUCUUCAAGUCAGGAUCUUUGUCUCUUCUAAGUCUCAACAAUCUCCAAAUCAUACACUCUGAAGACCUGCGCCGCACAAACAAUGCAUCUAUCCCCAGAGACAUCGUGAUGACGCAAAUCUUGUCCAAGAAUCGCUCUGGUCCUACAUUAUUUGUAGCGAUGGAAGAUGGGAUCGUUCUGACUUUCAAUGUCGACAAGUCCAAUUUUUCGCUCUCGGGAAGGAAGAGCAUUGUCUUGGGCACUCAACAAGCUCGAUUCCAAGUUCUGCCACGGGAAGACGGACUUUUCAACGUCUUUGCAACCUGCGAGCAUCCAAGCUUAAUCUACGGCUCCGAAGGGAGCGUGGUAUAUUCAGCCGUGACCGCAGAAAACGCCAUCUGUGUGUGCUCUUUUGACAGCGAGGCAUACCCAGGCUCGAUUAUCGUCGCUACUGAUGCGGGCAUAAAAGUCUCCCAAAUCGAUACAGAAAGAAGAACUCAUGUCCAGACCCUGCCAAUGGGGAAGACAGUCAGGCGGAUAGCGUAUUCUCCGAAUGAGCGGGCUUUUGCUAUCGGGUGUAUCAAGCGUGAAUUGAUUAAAGGAGAAGAGAUAAUUACCAGCAGCUUCGAGCUCGUCGAGGAGGUGCUACUAGGCGAGUUGGGGAAACCUUUUAUUCUGGAAGAUAGUAACGGGCCCGAACUUGUUGAAUGCGUAGUGCGAGCUGAGCUGCCGAUCUCUUAUGGGGAUGAACUACCUGCCGAACGCUUCAUAGUUGGAACCAGUUUCUUAGAAGAGGAUAUGGCACAAGAAAACAAUGUCAGGGGCCGGAUCUUAAUCUUCGCGAUCGACAGCGACAGAGGCCCAUACCUAGUGCAUAGCCACGUCCUCAAAGGUGCUUGUAGACGUGUUGCUGUUUUGGACGGGAAGAUCGUCGCUGCUCUCGUCAAGACCGUUGUGAUAUACAGCUACGCCGAAACCACCGAGAUAUCCGCAGAGCUCACAAAACUGGCUACAUAUAGGACAUCAACCUGUCCCAUCGACAUCGACAUCACAGGAAACAUCAUAGCCGUGGCAGAUAUGAUGAAAUCCGUCUCAUUGCUAGAAUACAUACCAGGGAAAGAAGGCCUACCUGAUAAGCUUACAGAAGUUGCCCGGCAUCAUGAAGCGGUCUGGUCUACAGCCGUAACACAGAUUGACGAGGGGACGUAUCUAGAAACGGAUCAGGAUGGCAAUCUCCUCAUCCUGCAACGUAACCCCAACGGUGUGACGCUGGAAGAUCGCAAGAGUCUCCAACUAACUGGUGAUAUCAACUUGGGAGAAAUGGUGAACAAGGUCCAGAGAAUCAAUGUAGAACCCUCACCGAAUGCCAUUGUUGUCCCCAAGGCAUUCCUAGCUACAACCGAAGGGUCCAUCUACCUAAUCUCCACGAUCCUCCCCAGCUCCCAAGACCUACUCAUGCGUCUCCAAGCGCGCAUGAGUAGUACGCACAUGAGCCGCAAAAUCCACACCCUCGGCGAUAUGGACUUCAACACGUACCGCUCGUUUAAGAACCCCGUUCGGGAAACGGCGGAACCGUUUAGAUUCGUAGACGGGGAGUUGAUUGAGCGCUUCCUAGACUUCGAUGAGGAGAUGCAGGAGGAGAUUUGCGAGGGGCUAGGACCGAUGGUUGAGGAUGUUAGGAACGUUGUUGAGGAGUUGAGGAGGUUGCAUUAG